AUGCAGCAGAUCAGUUAUGGUUCCUCAGUUUCACUGCUAAGUGACAAGGUGCAGUUUCCAUCCUUUCUUCGUACAUUCCCAAGUGACCAGUUUCUUGUAUAUGGCCUCACUCGAUUUGCAUUACAUGUUCAUUGGAACUGGAUUGGGAUUCUGUCAGAAGGAACUGAUUUUGGUGAAAUUGGAGGCAAACUCCUAAAAGAAGACUUAUUUAAAAAUGGCAUUUGUACUGCCUUCUUUGAAAUUAUUCCCAUAGUGUACUCCAAAGAGAAAAUUCAGUAUAUCACUAAAGUAAUCCAACUUUCCUCUGCAAAGGUUAUUAUGGCAAUUGCACAUGAAUCCAACAUAUAUCCAUUGAUAAAAGAAGUGGCAAAUCAAAACCUUCCUGAAAAGCUUUGGCUUACUUCUGACUCCUUGUCUCUGUCUGCAACAUUUUCCAGUAACACAUUUUUAAAAAUACUAAAUGGUUCUAUUAUGUUUGUGCCACGUACAGCCAAGAUGGCUGGAUUUCAACAAUUCCUAUAUAGUCUCCACCCCUUCACAUACCCAAAUGACAUUCAUAUCAAAAUCUUCUGGGAGGAAGUGUUUGGCUGCAAAUGGCCCAAUACCGACAGUGAUAAUGUAACAGAAUCCAGAAUUUGCACUGGUAGUGAAAAUUUACUGAAAGUUAAUGCUCAGUUACUUGACAUAUCAACUUCUGGCCAACCAUAUACUGUUUAUAAUGCUAUCUACGCAGUCGCUCAUGGACUGAAGGAUUUGAGUUUGUGUAUAACUGGCAAAGGCCCAUUUGAAAAUGGAACAUGUGCAAAUGUAAACAAUUUUAAACCAUGGCAGUUACUCCAUUAUCUCAGAAAUGUGAGGUUCAUGAACAAAGCUGGAGAAGAGAUAUUUUUUGAUGUUAAUGGAGAUCCACCUGCAGUGUACGACCUCAUAGCUUGGUACCUGAAUGUCCCUGUUUCCAUCUGUACUGAAAGCUGUGGUCUUGGACAUCAUAAAGUAUUGCAGAACGGGCAACCACCAUGUUGUUUUGACUGUAUUCCUUGCUCACAGGGUGAAAUUGCCAAUAUUACUGGUGCCCAUGACUGUAUUAAGUGCCCAGAUGAUUCAUGGAGUAAUAAAGGACAGGAUGAGUGUAUAAAGAAAUUCAUCGAGUUCCUCUCUUAUCAGGACUUCCUUGGAGCAAUACUGACUACCAUCACUAGCAUCACUGCACUGCUUCCUGCUUCAGUAUUAAUUAUUUUUGUUAAAUACCGUCACACUCCUAUUGUAAAAGCAAACAAUCGAGAACUGAGUUAUAUUCUUCUCAUAGCUCUUGUCUUGUGUAGUCUUUGUUCUCUGAUUUUUAUUGGAAAACCCACUGUAUUAAUGUGUAUGCUCCGUCAGACUGUCUUUGGUAUAAUGUUUGCUCUUUGUGUCUCUUGCGUAUUGGCUAAAACCAUCACAGUAGUCAUAGCCUUCAAGGCCACUAAUCCAAACAGUAAGUUAAGAAAAUGGAUGGGGCCUGUACUUCCUGGUUGCAUCAUCUGUUUCUGUACAAUAGUUCAAAUCACUCUGUGUGUGGUGUGGCUGUCAACUACACCUCCUUUUCCAGAAAAAAACAUGAAAUUCAAACUAGAUACAAUAAUAAUAGAAUGUAAUGAUGGGUCCAGUAAUGCUUUGUGGUGGCUCUUGGGUUACAUGGGCCUCUUAGCCAGUAUAAGUCUUGUGGUAGCUUUCUUAGCCAGGACACUGCCGGACAGUUUCAAUGAAGCCAAGUUUAUCACAUUCAGCAUGUUGGUGUUUGUCAGUGUCUGGCUGUCCUUCAUCCCUGCUUACCUGAGUACCAGGGGAAAGUAUAUGGUUGCUGUGGAGAUAUUUGCCAUUUUAUCUUCUAGCAGUGGUUUAAUUAUAUGUAUAUUUAUUCCAAAAUGUUAUAUUAUAUUAGUCAGGUCUGAAAUGAAUACCAGGGAGUAUUUAAUAAGAAAGGAAACCUUUAUUGGUAAAAUGUAA